GACUCUUAGAUCGUCAAAGGCAUCACCACUUUAACAAUUUCAAUUUUCCUUCUCUCUGUUUUUUAUUCCAUCAUGAUAGGCCUAUUCUCGACGGAUCUUCCUUUCUUCGCUUUCUUUUUAUUGAUAGCAAUGAUUGAGGAUGGAAUGAUGAGAUUAUAUUGAUAUAUGCAAAUGCAGCUGAUUUUGUUUUGUGAUUUUCUUAGGUACAUGGAUCCACCUACUGAUGAUAUCGAGCUUAAACCCGAGACACUUGAAGAAGAAAUAGAGGGUGGACCUUUGUUUCAUUGUGAGUUUUGUGAUGCUGACGUAGUUGAUAAAAUAGCUCAAUCAUUUCUCCCUGGUUUGGCUUCGGCAUGCAUUGACAACACGACCGGAGGUCUCUUUAAGACCCCUGCUAAUGUGGCUGUUGACAUCAGGAAAGAAAUGGUCGAUUACCUUGUCCAACGAAGUGAAAAUUUCGUGGCUGAAUCAGUUGUCCUGGAAGGUGUUGGGGAUGUGGAAGUAUCAGCAGACUCUUAUGAUAUUAUAUCAGAUUUUGUUGAUGAUUUUGUGCAUUCAAAAAGAAAUUUCUUCAGUCGAGUUUCAGGAUGGAUACUGAGUGAGAAAAGAGAAGAUUGGAUAGAUGAUCUUGUACAGGAGAUGGAAAUAAAUGGAUUUUGGUUGCUGAACCGGAGGAGCACGGUUGCACAAACGCUCUUGAAAAAUCUCGAUUUCAGAAACACAUAUCAUUGCAACAUGAAUUUCAAGUCCCCGGGAGACUUAGAAAAGCACAAGUUGAGCUGCGGUUUUAGGACAUUGUCCUGUAGUAAUGAGGGAUGUGAUUCUUCGUUUAGUGCGGCUAAGAUGGAGCAUCAUGAUUCUACCUGUGCUUUUAAAAUGCUUUCAUGUGAGCAGAAGUGCCCGGACAUCAUAAUGAGACGGGAGAUGGACAGACAUUGCAUCACUACAUGUCCAAUGAAGCUUGUCAAAUGCCCCUUUCAAUCAGUAGGAUGCCAAUCCACUGUUCCUCAACGUACGAUCGAGCAGCACAGAUCUGAUAAUCUCCCUAGCCAUCUGCUUUAUGUCCUCCAGGUUUCUCACAAGGGAGAAUCACUAGAAGCUCUAAAACAAAGGGUGCAAGAACUGGAAAAGAUAGCAUCUCCCGGACGAUUAGCAUCAGCUCGUGAUGCUAGAUCUCUGACUUAUGUGGUUAGGGAUCUUGAAGCAAAACUUGGUCCUAUAAAGGUGCAGACAGAGAAGAAAAGCGAUAAAGAUGUUAAAGAUUUGAUUGAUCUAAGGGAGGAUAAGACAGACAUAGAGGCUAAACAAGUCAGGUUUGAUGCUAAAAAGGAAUCAAUUGCUGAGACAUCCCUCACCCCCAAUGAAUCAUUCAAUUAGUAUCAAGAAUGGGUCACCUCGUGGGGAACAAGGGAAGUAGGGAAAAAAAAAAAGAAAUGUAAUAUAUAUAGAUAAAAACACCAUUUAAUUUAAAUUAUACAGAUACGAGUAUCAAGGCAGACCAAAGAGUAGCACAUGAGCUUUGAUUGUCA